AUGCGAGAAAUAUUUAUCUCAUGGUACUUGAUACUCAUUUCUUCUGCUUUUUUUCUUUUUCUUCUUCCACAAUUGUGGCCACUUAGGAGUGAAUUUCAUCAAUUAAGACCUGGAGAAAUUAAAGAAUCCCAGGAGGAUUUUUUGAUGAUUCAUCUCUUCAUAGGAGAUGAUAAUAAAAAUUACAAAUUUGUGGUGGCAUAUAAUGGAAUAACAUAUAGGUUACAAAUAAGAUCUGCCUGCUUUUUCUUGAAAAGUAUUGCUGGUAGUUCAGAGGCUUCCUAUCCCAUAGGAAACUUUUACAAGUCUGUUGUCACUUGGGUUUGGUUUCAUUUUUUUUCCCUGUACUGUUUGGUGCCAAAGUUCUGGAAUCUGUGGCGAGAUAAGUAUGACUUCCUGGAACGGCUUCCUGUCCCAUUGCUCCUGUACAUCAUUUCCUUUCUGGAGCUUGAAGAUAUUGCCAGACUUUCUCAAGUUUCACACACUUACAACUACCUGUGUGACAGUGUGCUAUGGGAAACUAUUGUGGAGAACUUGCGUGACACAAUCACACCUGAAAUGAAGGAGCUGGCAUAGGAAGUGGGCUGGAAACCAUUCUCUGCACACAGAUGUCCACUGCAGCUACAGCUCUGAAGGAGGAGGCAGAAACAAGAUGUUCAGAACAAAUAA